ACUAAAUUGAUGAUGUGUCGUCUCGAAAUAUGAUUUAUUGGUUGUACUCUCCUGCGUAGUCCUGGUUUUCAUUCAGUGCUACUGCCAGGACGGAGUAACCCUGAGUAUUACCUAGCUGAAGAAUUAAGAUGAACCCCAUUACGCUAUUGAAUGCAAGAAGAUAAACGGAAAAUCCCUUCCGAAUCUGGCAAAGAAAGAAAAGGAUCACACCUAUCAUGAUUGGAUAUCACAUCAAAAAGCAUAAGUCGGGUCAUGCUCAAUAAUCACCUCGUAUUCUGAUUCAAUUGCAGGGGACCCCUUUCAUUCCGGUCGGCGGCUGACACUGCUAGACAACAUAUACGAUACGGACGUACAUACUUCAGCGGGGCCCGCUGAAACACAGCGUGGUCUUCUACAAUCCGAUAAAGCAGCCCUCAAAUAUGGCAUUCCCCAUUACCCUGCUAUAUAUCUUCCUCCUUAGCCCAGUAACAGCGUUCACCCUUCGCUCUUGUCUCCUCUCCGCAGUCGACAAUGAUAUCACCCUCGUCGGUCUGGAUGGAGAUCUCCUCUACCAAACCAUAUUCGUCAAAACCUACAACCUCAAUUACCCUGUCACACCCGCAGCGGUGACCACCCCCAAAUCCACCGACCAGGUCUCGCGCAUUGUAAAAUGUGCCGUGCAGGGUGGCUACAAAGUACAGGCGAAGAGCGGAGGACAUAGCUAUGCGAACUAUGGUCUCGGUGGCACUUCCGGUGCCAUAACCAUCGACCUCCGCAAUAUGAAAUCUUUCAGCUACGACCCAACCACCACACACGCCACCAUCGGCGCAGGCAUGCUUAACGGGGAACUCGAUAAGCACCUCUACGCGGCGGGUAACCGCGCCGUCGCACACGGAACAUCCCCCCAGAUCGGCGUGGGCGGACACGCGACAAUCGGCGGGCUGGGCCCCGCCGCCCGGCAAUGGGGAAUGGAACUCGACCACGUCCUGGAAGCCGAAGUAGUCGUGGCCAACGGCAGCAUUGUGCGCGCGUCCUCGACCAGAAAUCCAGACCUAUUAUUCGGCAUCAAAGGCGCGGGCGCAAGUUUCGGCGUGGUCACCCAAUUCGUCCUCCGUACGGAGCCCGCGCCCGGAACCACUGUCCACUACACCUACACCUUCGACCUGGGCAGUGGCUCCUCGCGCGCAGCUCUCUUCACCCAGUGGCAGCAUUUUAUCCGUCAGAAAGAUCUUAGCCGGAAAUUGGCGACCAUCUGUACCAUCCUGAGGGGCACCGUGAUAAUCUCGGGAACAUUCUUCGGGACGCGGUCUGAGUUCGACGCGCUCGGCCUCGACACCAAAUUCCCCGGCGCGAACCCGCGGAAUAGCUCUGCGAUUGUGUUCACGGAUUGGUUAGGGUUGGUGGCGCACUGGGCGGAGCAGAGCAUUCUUGACCUUACUGGCGGUAUUCCUGCGCAUUUCUACUCGCGGUGUCUUGGGUUCACUGCCGAUACGCCCAUCACAUCCGACGGCGUAGAGAAGAUGUUUGAGUACCUCGAUACGGCGCACAGCGGGGCGUUGCUUUGGUUUGUGAUCUUCGAUCUCGAGGGAGGGGCGAUCAACGAUGUGCCAAUGGGCGGGACGGGGUUCGGCCACCGGGAUGUGUUGUAUUGGAUGCAGAGUUACGCGGUUACCUUGGGGGACGUCGGGGAGACGACGUAUAGGUUUUUGGAUGGGGUUAACGAGGUGAUCCGGAAUAAUACGCCGGGUUUAGGGGAGAAGGUGUAUCCGGGCUAUGUGGAUCCGAGGUUGCAGGAUCCACGGAGGGCGUAUUGGGGUGUAAAUUUGGAGAGGUUACAGCAGGUCAAGGGGAUCUAUGAUCCUGGUGAUGUGUUCCAUAAUCCACAGGGGGUUUUACCCGCAUGACCCCCUUCUUUGUUACACCAAAGAGCAAUUUAUUAGUAUGCACCUCGUCCUGGGGUAUCCGUGCUGCGCUCACACCUACGUUUACGCACUAAGGAAAAUGUGUGCAAUUUAUUUGUCAAUAUACUACUAUCCUGGUCUGAGGGAGUUUGCUGUAUGUACAUAAGAUUAUGACAGUUCAGUUGGUAACCAAUCAAUCACUGGUGAAAAGUAGAUAAAAGGCAGUGAUCUGAAAGCCCUUGUGUAUGCAUGACCAGCGGACAUCGCUGGCGCCCGACCCCAGCUACUGUCCGUAUUUACUUAACGUCUUCAUGGAUCCUCUUUCUAGAAUCAUCUCUUCCACCUUCGAAGCGUCUAAAGGUAACCGUUGAGCCAAAACCCGCAAACUUCCACGUCGACUAGGGCCCCUGAUCUUUCUCUUCCAUCAACUUGAGCCUUACUUUUUGAACGCGUUCAUAAUGGUGGCCUAAUCGUGGCGUAUUUAUAGAAUUAGGGUUCUCCAUAAUUAGGAAAACAUGAUGAUUAAAAAUCAGAAUCAGGCCUGGAAGGAUAGAUCAUAUAGUUAGUAUAUAUCAUUAUUACUUCACGGUAACCAGCAGCUGGUAC